AUUUAAAGUGUCCAGCAGCGGCUGGCAGGAUUGACUUUGGUUCCCUCCUGCGCUCCGGUCCCUCCCCCAGCGCUGCUCUGCUCUCCACACAGCGAGCGCAUUUGACAGGCUGAGGGGUCGUAAGCGAGCAGAAAGCUAGCGAGAUGUUAGCCAGCUAAUUUAACAGCAUUAACCAUCAGCUGCAAGCUAACGUGUUUUAGCCAGCGGGUCCGGGCCCGGAACGCAGGGGGGUAGCUGUCGGAUGUUACUGGCAGUACACAUAAAGAUCCAUGUACAAAUAGCAAAAUGCGUUUAGCUGUUUGAACACACACCAGCCAUUUAUAAUGAUGAAGGCUAGCUCACUAGCUACAAUAGGCUAACGCUCAUUUCCCACUGCUGUCAUAAUUUUGUGCAAUAAAUUCGCUAGCCAACGUUAGCCGUGCCCGCCACCGAGCUAGUCGGCCACCACAAAUACAGCACGCUAACCCCAGUCCGCCGGCCGGAGUCGGGUCUUGGUAGAAAACAGUGGACUUUCGCGUUACUUCUACUUUGAAUGAACGCGUAGAGGCAGUGAGAUUGUCCAGAUUCCAGAUGCCACAGUAGAGCUCAUGAUGGCUGGAACUCGUCGAGGCUUUGGGGGAUGAUUUCUUGAAGCAGGAGGGGUGUGUGACGCUGUGUGUGGGGAGGUUGUGCAGGAUGCAGCAGCAGUGAGGACACACACUCUCGCCAUGGCGUGUCCCCCACCCCCUCUCCCUGUUUAGAGCACCAUCCGCCCUCUUACUCACCGCUGGGGCUUCAGAGUGGAGCCCCACACGCCACACCACACACACCAACACACUACAGUUCCAGGUGUGUGUGCGUUGGGCUCUGGCCCCCUUCCUGAGGGAAGAUGUCUAUGGUGUUGCCCCUUGAUGGGGUGAGGGAGGGGGAGAGUGCACUGACCUCUGAUGCUCCAGCCGGCACCCGCUGCAAAGGAAAUACCAACACACCCGGCAAAGAUUGCUCCACUGACAACAACACAGAGCUUGACGAAAAUCUCUCGCAAGACACACAGAAACGCUGUCAGAACCAUGGCCAUACCAGGAAAAGAGCCAAGUCCAAUGCCAAGCUAAAGCUGGUGAGGAGUCUAGCAGUAUGUGAAGAGUCUUCAGGCCCAUUUUCUACUGAUGGACCUCCAGAGACCCAGGACAUUAUUCAGCUCCACAUCAGCUGCCCGUCAGACAAAGAGGAGGAGAAGUCCUCGAAAGAUGAGUAUGAGAGCGAAGAGAGGGAGAAGAAGGACAAGACUCCACGCAAGAUGCUCUCACGUGACUCCAGUCAGGAGUACACAGACUCCACAGGGAUCGAUGUGCACGAGUUCUUGGUGAACACACUGAAGAACAACCCCAGGGAUAGAAUGAUGCUGCUGAAGCUGGAACAAGAUAUACUGGAGUUCAUUAAUGAUGACAAUAAUCAGUAUAAAAAGUUCCCCCAGAUGACCUCUUAUCAUCGCAUGUUGCUGCAUCGAGUGGCAGCUUAUUUUGGCAUGGACCACAACGUGGACCAAACUGGCAAAGCAGUCAUCAUCAACAAGACAAGCAACACGCGCAUCCCUGAGCAGAGGUUUUCUGAGCACAUUAAGGACGAGAGGAACAUGGAUUUCCAAAAGAAAUUUAUCCUGAAGAGGGACGAUGCAAGCAUGGACAAAGAUGAUAAUCAGAUCCGGGUUCCGCUCCAGGAUGGUCGUCGCAGUAAGUCCAUCGAGGAGAGGGAGGAGGAGUAUCAGCGGGUCCGAGAUAGAAUCUUUGCUCGGGAAUCUUCUCAAAACGGAUACAUCAACGACAACAGACUGUCCACUGAAGGCUACUCCUCUUCUUCCCAUAAGAGGAGGCAGAUCUUUAGGGGGAAUAAGGAGAGUUCGAGCAGGGCGUCCAGCAGUCGGCAGAGCAGCACGGACAGUGACAUGAAGAGCCUGGAGCCACGGCCGUGGAGCAGCACAGACUCUGACAGUUCAAACCGCACACUGCGGCCGCCCGUCACCAAGGCCAGCAGCUUCAGCGGCAUCUCCAUCCUCACACGUGGUGACAGUUUGGGCAGCAAGGGGUCGCAGGGCAGUGCCAGGGGUUCGCGCACAGGUCUUCCUCUUGUCACCACAGAGGCGUGCCCCCAGCCCCCCCAGCAGGGGCGCAGUCUCUUGCCCUGUCCUUCUAAUUGCCCCUCCAGUGCCCCUCCGCCCCAAAACCAGGCGCCCCCACCACCUCCCCAAACCGCCCUUCUGCCCACCCCUACACACAGUCACACUCAUACCCACCCACAGCACCCCAUCAGCAGCCAUAACCACAACCACAUGCUACCACAGCCGGUGGCGUCUCUGCAGCCCUCUCCACAGCCUGUCUCAUACUCCAGUCCCUCCUGCCCUCAGGUCAUCCUGCCUGUUUCUCCUUCUCAGCAGUAUAACAUGGCUGAUGAGUUGACUUCAGGCUUUGGGCAGAUGUCUUUGAGUCGUCAGGGCUCCAGUGAGGCUCCAGAGCCGACCAGCCUCUACCAGCCUCCUCCUGCCGUCCUGUCCCAGCAUCCCCCACCACAGCCAAGCUACAUUAUGCCCCCUCCACCCUCUGGUUACCAGCCACCCACGCCUCACCCACACCCCCCUCCACCUCCUCCGCCCCCUACCCAGCCUGUGCUGCAAACAGCGCCUCCUGCACAGGGAUACAUGCAGCCCCCUCCACCACCUCAGCAGAUCCAGGUGCAGUAUUACUCAGCUGGUGGGCAGUAUCCGAGUUCAGGGCAGCAGUACAGGUCCAUAUCCCACCAGGUGUCGUACCCUGCUCAGCGCUCUCAGCCCCUCCCUCCACCAACGCAGCCCUCCGCUCCUCUCCAGCCCAUGAUGGCUAGUCAGCAGCCAGCGUACCAGGGCAUGAUGGGAGUUCAGCAGCCGCAAAGUGCCAGUAUAAUGAACACUCAGCGUGCAGGCAUGAGCGGACAGAUGCAAGGCAUGAUGGUCCAGUACACACCCAUGCCCUCCUAUCAGGUGGCCGUAGCUAAUGAAACCCAGCCUGUGGUGCAGCAGCAGUACCAGCAGCCUGUCAUGGUGCCAGUCAGCCAGUCUGUACAGGGUGCUAUGCCAACCGCUGCGCCCAUGCCAGUCUACUACAGCGUCCUGACUCCUGCACAACAGAACAGCACAAGUCCAUCUGUGGGCUACCUGCAGCCUCCCAGCUCAGAUCAGUACCAGAUGACCCAGUCUCCUUCCCCCUGCAGCCCUCAGCAGAUACAACAGCAGUAUUCAGGCGUGCCACCCCCUGGUCCAGGUGUCAUGGUGAUGCAGCUGAGUGUUCCAAAUGGGCCACAGUCGACCCAGAAUCCUCCCAUGGUGCAGUGGAAUCCCUGCAAGUAUUACAGCGUGGAGCAGAGACCCAGCAAGUCUGACCCACAGGUUAGCACACAGUUGAGUAGUCCUAUGGCAUCUCCUACUCAGUCUCCCACUCCCUCUCCCUCCAGCAGUGGGAACAAUGUGUGUCCUGGGCUCGGCCCACUGCCACUCAUUUCUCAGUUCCCUCGGCCCGGCGGACCAGCACAAGGAGAUGGCCGAUAUUCCUUACUGGGGCAGCCGCUGCAGUACAGCCUGUGUCCUCCACCCCUCAUGCACAACCACAGCCAGUCAUCCUAUAGCUCCCACCAGAGUCCCGGAGUGAUAAAGCAUGGAGCCCGAGGGAAGAAACAGACACUCAAAUCUGCUUCUACAGAUCUAGGAACUACUGACGUGGUUGUGAGCCGUGUACUGGAGGUGACAGACCUGCCCGAGGGUAUCUCUCGUCCUGAGGCCGAGAAGCUCUUCAACCAGCUCUCCCUCUGUGGUGCCAAAAUCCAGUGGCUGAAGGACCCCCAAGGGCCCCGGGGAGCCACAACAGCCCCAGGGCCCGGCGGAGGAGGAGGCAAGAGCGAUGCACACGACCCAGCUCACCUCUACACAGUGGUGGCAGUGUUCCCCAACACCAUGGCUGCCCAGAGCGCUUCCUUCAAGCUGAACAACAGCGGAGGCAGCCUGUUCAAACUGCGCGCCGCCAAAAAGAACUAUGACCUGCGCGUGCUGGAGAGAGCCAGCUCCCAGUGA